UCAAAGUGACAGUUAAGUUAACGCAGCCCUGGACCACAAAAAACAGCUGUUGUGUUGUAGCAAACGGCAUUGAGUAGAACGCAUACAAACAAACGCCAAAAUGGUCAUCACCAACAACACAACACUGCCCGAGGAGGCGGAGCUGGACACCCAGGAGCUGAAUCUUUCGUCGGCGGCUCUGCGAGCGGGCGCCUUCCAUUUGGGCAAGCAAUGCGAGCAAGCCAACAAUGAAUUCAUGCUCUGUAGACAGGAGCUGGACGAUCCACGAGCCUGCUUGGCAGAGGGCAAGGCGGUGACCGGCUGUGCCCUGGACUUUUUCCGCAAGGUGAAGAAGACCUGUCAUGAGGAGUUCAUGCAGUACGCCACUUGCCUGGACAAGAGCAGUGGAACCAUGGCUUUUGGACACUGCCGCAAGACGCAGGGUGUGUUCGACAAGUGCGUUAAGGACAACUUUGACUGGGACCGUCCUUCUUACGGCUACUUUGCCAGGGCCAAGGUCAUCAAGUCCGCACGGGACCCUCCCAAGAAGGAAGAGAAGAUUUCCUAUCCCGAUGCCACUCCAGGUCUGCCCAAGGAUUACCCCACGCCUCCGGCCAAGUAUGGCUCCCGCUUCCACUGGCUGGAAUAAAGGCACAGUUGCUAGCAAAUAGUGAAUUAUCAAAAAAAGCGUUCAUCUUAACAUAAACUCUUGUUUCCAUUAGUA